UAAAGCAGGGAAAGAUUGGCCGUGGUACUUUCGCUAAAACACCAAUUUUACAUGUCGAAAUAGUUGAUUCGACAUCCAAGAUAUUUAUUUACCAAAACAAACUUUGCUUCACCAAUUACCCGUCAAUACUUUGUAACUGUGACAAAAAGAGCGCAAAUAUCUGUCAACGAAAUGGCUUGGUUGUUCUCAGGAAGAGGAAUUCGCUAUAGCAAAAUGGCUAUGAGUAUGAAAGAUGUGCAGCUCUACUGUACCUCAGUGGUUUCAGGAAGAAAGCAUGUGAAUUCCGUGGAUUUGUUCUACCAACAGACUGGAACAGGGGAGCAUGCUGUUCUGCUGCUGCCAGGAGCUCUGGGGAGUGCUCAGACUGACUUUGGGCCACAGCUGAAGUCUUUGAAUAAGGAACGCUUCACUGUGAUUGGCUGGGACCCCCGAGGAUAUGGGCGAUCACGCCCCCCAGACAGAGACUUCCCCCUGGACUUCUUUGAGAGGGAUGCCCAGGACGCUGUAGAUCUGAUGCAGUCACUGAGCUUUCCCAGGUUCUCUUUGUUAGGCUGGAGUGAUGGAGGCAUCACCGCUCUGAUCGCAGCUGCCAAGAACCCCUCCCUCAUUAAUAAGAUGGUGGUCUGGGGCGCCAAUGCGUACGUCUCACCGGAAGACCUACAGAUCUACAAUGCGAUCCGUGACGUGUCUCAAUGGAGUGAGAGGAUGAGGAGACCCAUGGAGGAGGUGUAUGGAGCAGAGCUCUUUGUUAAGACCUGGGAAGGGUGGGUGGACGGCAUUGGACAGUUCGCCCAGAGACCAGAAGGCAGUAUCUGUAUGGAGCUGCUGCCUCUGAUCAGCUGUCCCACCCUCAUCAUUCAUGGACAGAAGGACCCCAUGGUGCCCAGCUUCCACCCACAAUAUCUUCUCAAACAUAUCAAGGCUUCAAGGUUGCACCUGAUGCCUGAAGGAAAACACAAUCUGCACCUGAGAUUUGCUGCAGAGUUUAACAAGUUGGUGGACGACUUCUUGAGCCAGUAAUGGACAUAUUGUGUUCCACUUGGCACCGUAUUGCUAACAUGGUUGCAUUAUGACAGGCCUUUGGUUAAAGGGCCACAACAAUACAAUACCCAUGGGAGACAAGCUGUCGUGCCUGGGUGUCGGCUCUAUGGACAAGCCAUCUAGAGUGGAUUGAAGGACCUCUUUAUCAAUCACCAAAUCUAGUCCAUUAAUUAAGACUAAUUAGAAAAUGAUUAGUGCAUGAGCCAAAAACACAUCCAUGACUAUUGUCAAUGUUAUAUUUGUGAAAUGUGGUAGCUUUUGUUUUCAUUAAAUGUUGCAUCAUGA